UCAUGAUAUAUUAUUUAAAUUAAUAUAUUUAAAUUCGAUCUGCACUUAGAAGUGUCUGAUCGUUCAGAAUUAUCAAUUUUUUAUUUGACGCAUGAGAGGAAAAAUUCCGGAUUUCGCUGCAAGCAAUUCUGCCGAAUUAAUCGCCGAUUGAGAUUAAUCGAAGUUCAAGUUGGUCGUCUUCGGGGCACAAAAGGAGAACCGGAGCUAAGGGCGAAACUUUAUCAUCUCGAGUCUCGCGAGGAGAUUCUCUCCGCGACUGUCAGAUACCGCCGCCGCGGUGUGGAAGCGGCGGAAGGAGCAUCGUCUCUCUCUCUCUCGCUGCUCCGUCAUGUUCUCGGCCUCGAUGGAUCGACAGAUCGUUCGGCGAUAUCGAUCGGCGCGUAUCGGGUGCAGCCUGUCUGUCAGAUUUACCGCUCCUCGCAAUCCGGAAUACAGCUUUCCCCUGGGGUUCUCGGCGACGGGAGUUACGCCGCCGUGUCGCACGGCGUAACACGUAGCGACGACACGUACGUUAUCUCGCAGACUCGCAAUCGUCGACCGUCGUAGUGCAAUCGCGUCGUCGAGCCUCGCGCGUCGCGUGUCGCGAUCGUCCUGCAGGCUUCUUUCUCUCUUCUCUCUCUCUCUCCCUCCCUUUUUCUCUCUCGCCCGUUCCCUCGCCUCUUCACGGGGAAUUCGAUAUAACGUAUCGCGGGCCGUUUCACUGCCUCCUGGAGCCUCGAGAGCAGGACGUGCUUCCUGACCCCCGCGCGAUCCGCGAUGACGGAGACGAACGGGGCCGCGAAUCUCAACACGAAAAAUGGCAACUUCAUCUGCGGUGUGGUAGAAGGUUUCUACGGACGACCAUGGACCACGGAGCAGCGAAAGGAUCUCUUUCAGAAAUUGAAAAAAUGGGGAAUGGACUCUUACCUGUACGCGCCGAAAGAUGAUUACAAACAUCGGGCUUACUGGAGGGAUCUGUACACGGUGGAAGAGGCCGAGCAUCUGACUGGUCUAAUCGCAGCUGCCAGGGAAUACGGGAUAACCUUUUACUAUGCGCUAUCCCCGGGAUUGGAUAUCACGUACUCCAGUUCAAAGGAAGUCACCGCUUUGAAGAGAAAGCUGGAGCAAGUCAGUCAGUUCGGUUGUACGGCGUUUGCGUUGUUGUUCGACGACAUAGAGCCGGAAAUGAGUGAAGCAGACAAAGAAGUGUUUCAGUCGUUUGCACAUGCUCAAGUUUCCGUCACAAACGAUAUUUUUCAACAUCUUGGCCAACCUCAUUUUCUUCUGUGCCCCACGCAAUAUUGCGCGACACGCGCGAUGCCGAACGUCGCGUCCUCGGAAUAUCUCAACACUCUCGGAAGUAAAUUAGCUCAGGAAAUUGAUAUAAUGUGGACCGGACCUAAGGUCAUAUCGAGACUUUUAACAGUGGAGUCCAUUGAAGAAAUCACAGAAGUGCUCAGAAGACCACCCGUUAUCUGGGAUAACAUACAUGCCAACGAUUACGAUCAGAAGAGGGUGUUCCUCGGACCGUACUCUGGGCGUUCUCCCGAUCUUAUACCUAAGCUCAGAGGAGUUUUAACUAAUCCUAAUUGCGAGUAUGGGGCGAAUUUUGUAGCAAUUCAUACGUUAGCUCAAUGGAGCAGGUGCAAUGUGGAUGGAAAGAGAGACCUAAGUUUAAAUGAUACCGUGUCAGCGGACAUUAAAUUAGAAACCGAGACAGAGGACGGCGUCCUCGGUGAAGAUGUACCGUCAACAUUAUCGGCGAAUAUGUAUCACCCCCGGCACGCUCUGAAAAGUGCAAUAAGCGAAUGGCUGUUAGAGUUCGACAAGAAGAAGGCAGCUUGGGGAGUGAUAGUCAAACCGCAGCCGUGCGUCGCACCUACGAUACCUAUCCCGAUAAUUCCCUCCGUUAACACGUGCAUGAGCCUCACGUCGACGACGACAACUACAGUUGCUGCCACGUCCACGGCCGGGGUGAAUUCUAAUCAUCUUCAAGCGCUGGCCGAGGUCUGCUCGAGUGUGGUGGUUAGCGACAGCUUCGUGCAACCGCCGUCCGGGCCCGUGAUGAAUUCUCUGGUGUCGGACAUAAAAGUGAUUAGCGAGCCCGUCCUGACUACGUUACCCACCAGUUUGAGCGUCGAGCCACCCUCGACGGGGCUGUCGUCUGUGGAACCUAUGGACUGCAACACGACGCCGAACAACUCGCCGGCGCACAUAGCAAAGGUUUCAGCGGAUGAUGACGCUAUGGUAGAUAACACUUCUACGUGCAGCGAAGCUUCCGGUAGUAUGCAGGUAGAGGUGGACGGCACCUCUCCCACGGUCAACGGCACGCAAAUGAUUGUAGAGAACGAUAGCGAGAAUCACGAGAGUUCCGACAACGCGGACGCGGUAACGCAGGAACCUGUGGACGUCGAGAAGCAACUGACGCACGAGGACCUGUCCCUCUUGUGCGAUCUGUUUUACUUGCCGUUUGAGCAUGGAGGUCAAGGAAUUCAGUUGUUGCAAGAAUUUAAUUGGCUGAAGAGUAACGCUUACGUCGUUAUGAAGAAGUUGAAGGAAGAAGAACAAACGUCUGAAUCAGACAUUCAAGAAUGGCACCUUCGUGCGGCUAAAUUGAACGACAUGUGUAAUGCGGUGAACAGACUAUUCCAAAGACUCACGUACUGUAAUAAUCGUGAGUUACUGUACGAUUUGUACGCGUACUUAUGGGAUAUGAGAGGUGUUGUGUCUCUUCUAAAUAGUUACGUGAAAUGGCUGGCGUUUGGCAGAUUCCCAUCGACGAUGACGACGUUUACCCAGGGCAGCUACACAUGGUUUUCAAAUGGUUGGAAAGAAACGUUUAUGAGUGGAGAUCAGGAGCCUUGGGUUUUUCGUGGUGGGCUUACGGCUGAUUUACAGAGAUUAAUCCCAGUUGACAGUGGCAAUGACUUAUUCGUCUAUAAAGCGCCCGAAGUGCCCAGUAGUAAGAUAUAUACAAUUCGGCCAUACUUAUCGAGUGACGAAGAAGCGGUUUACGCGGUGUGCAACCAGCUUAAUAAUUGUACGACCUCGUCAGCUGUGGCAGACAGAUUCAUCGGAGGAUUUCUAACGUUGAGUCCGGAUUUGUGUAUGGUUGUCGAGGAUGAAAACGGCAUAUGCGGCUAUGUAGUGGCUACGCUGAACAUAAAGUCGUACAAUCAGAAACUGGCUGUUUCCUCGAUUCCUGAAUUGCGAAUGAAAUAUCCUUUAGACAACAGCAUUAGCGAGUUGCCACAAAAUGUUCAGGAUGCCAUACAGUACUUCCAUUCAUUUAUUCCGGAUGUGUCGGAACAAUUGUGCAGACAGCAUCCGUCGAAAAUUAUAUGCGGUCUACUACCAAGUGUGACAGACCAGUCUGUUUGUAAACGUUUAAUAACCUGCGUUCUUGCAGCUUUACGAGCAAACGGUUCUUUCGGAGUACACACGACGAUGAUAUCGACAGACAAAGACUCUCAUGAAUUCUACAGCAAGCUAGGCUUCGUCGAUUUAAAUCCGGCGCACGAGGAAUAUCCUGGGAUUAAAACUAUGUGUAGAAGUUUCUAACAAAGAAUUAAUGCUCCAAUGAUCGUCGUGAACAAAGUAUACUUGCUUGGACCAUCUCCUAAACGGUAGUUUCUCAGGAACAGCUCUUAAAACAUAGAAGCAAGUAAUAAAAUUGGACGCCUUUAUUCAAGACCUUUCAAAACGUAAACAUGCCAAUGCGAUAGGUUAAAAAGUGUACAUUUUCCAAAAUAAUAUAAUCUGCAAUCGGGAAUAUUUGUAACAUUAUUUCUAACAUAUUCGCUAUAAUCUUUCUCACGAUAUCGAAAUCUUUAAGUGUAUUUGAUACAAGUGUAUAAAUAUGUACAUAUAAUUAAUACUAAGAUUUAAUAUUAUAUUGAUAUUUCUGUUGCGUUAAAAAGAAAAGAGACAUCAACAUAAUCUUAGAUUCACUUCAGUAUAAUGAAUUACAUUUUUUACUUGAUUAACAAUCAUGUCUAUAUAUGACGAUAUAUAUUACUCUGCUAUGUAACACCAUGCUAUCUCAUUGGUUUAAAUCUGAUUGGAAUUUCUUCUUAAACGUGGUAUGUAUAUAAAAUUCCCAAUAUAUACGACUUGAAAUACCAGCGUGUUCAUUAAUGAAGUCGUUGAAUUUAUUAAAAAGUAUUUUCUUAUCGAAAUGACGCAUAGGAAUGACUGAAUACAAUUUUAAAGUGCACCUUCUUUUAUAUGCGCUUUAAACUUUCUUUUAAAUGAAUGCAAGAAAUGAAUGUGAGAAAUUAUGACAUACGAUUUAGAUUUUAAGUAUGUAGUUUUAAUGUAUAUCUGAUAAUCAGGUGUAUAUUAUGUAUGAAUACAUUUUUUGUAGUUGUUUACUGCUCAAUUGUAAUGUACAUUGAACUCUUCAGCUGUAAGAUUUCUUAAGUUUCAUGUAUAUAUGCAUAUAAUCUCACAUAUAUAAUUUUUAUUAUGGAUUAUCUCAAUCGGCCAUACAACUGCUGCAAUAUACGUAUAUAUAUAUGAAAUUACGAAAUGUGAUAUGUGAGACAUCAAUUAAAAAAAAAUUAAUCUAUUAUUAGUAUAAUUAGUAAUCUAUUAUUGGAGCAGAAUAUAUAUUAUAUAUAUUAGAUGUUCUUUUUCAUACUAAUUAUUCUAGAUAUUGUAUUCAAUUUGAACACUUUAAAGCGCAUUGUUAAGUAAUGCAUUAAUUGUUGGAAGAAAUUUAUUAUGUUAACUUUUACUUUUAAUACGAUAAGUAAAUGCGCUAUGUUGUAAUAAGAACAAUAACGUAUAUUAUAUAUAUGUAAGAAAUA